UCGCUGUUUCCCCUAUUUUACUCCCACUUCCCUUUACCCCUCGCAAUCCCACGUUAAAGAAAAUGGAGAAACUUGAAGUUAUCGACGUGCGUUUCGUUGUGAUGUGAAAUGAACUACGCAUGUGUUUUUUUGUUAUUUGGAGUUGAUUGGGAUUUUUGAGGGGUCUGAGAGCUUUUGGUAAUGGUUAUAAAGGUUCAGGGGGAUUUAUAGGGGUUUUCUAGGGGUUCUGAGGCAGGGUGAGAAUUCUGAGGGUCAAGGGAGGAUCUCGAGGGUAGAAUGCCGGACUCUGAAAAGGAAAAAUGCAUGAAGCAGUUGAAGAGGCGUAUGGAGGCGUGGAGGGAAGUUGUCCUCCCAAUAAAUUCAGUGAUGCUCUGGGAGAAGACGUGGUACCCUGGAUUAAUCCUCGGAGUCACCACCACAUUAUUCCUGUUCAUCUGGAUGCUGGAGCCAGCUUUUGUGACGAUAAUCUCGAUUUCUCUGCUGCUGGCAGCACUCAUUGAUUAUUUAGUUCCUGUUCUGUCGUCGACUUUCAUCUCGUCGAGUGCCUGGACAGGUCAGAAGGAGAAGAAACUCGAGGAGAUCUGCCAGAACCUGAGUGAGAUCAUCAUCCAGGGGCAGAAUGCCAGGAAAUAUCUCCUGAAUGCACGCAGCAGUCGACCCAUGAUUUACUACGGGUCCAUCACACUGGGGCUGAGUCUUCUCGCUUGGCUGGGAAAUAUUGUAAACAAUCUUUUAUUGAUGUAUUUGAUUGUGAACACUAUACUGCUGCUUCCGGGGUUGAAACACAAGGGUCGAGUGCAAUCUGGUCUGAAACACGCCUACAAGUACUUACUGCAGCAGAAGAAGGCGUAAUAAUUAAAAGAACAAUCUUCCAUCGGCAUUUCAUCCACAAUUGCUGCACGAGCUUCUCACGUAUCUAUUAAUCAUUGCAUCAGCGUAUAUAUAAUCAAAAUCUAACGAUCUAGUGACAAAAACGAGUUGUUGAUAUUAUCAACAAACAGACUGACCACGAAUCUCUAUUUAGACAUCAUAAUCCAAAGUCAAAAUGUUUUAAUCACCUAGCUUUAUUUAUUUAUAAUAAGGUAGAGGAUAGAAAUGAUCAUUUGUAUUUUCUGUACUCACUCGAAUCGUACUGAAAAAUUUUGUCAACGUCAUUGCGACAGAUAUUUUUAUUUUUUUGUUGAAAAUACAGAAUUCAUUCUCAA